AUGGUCAAGAUCUCCAUCGUCCUUUCUGUUGUGGCUGUCGCCCUUUCCGGAACUGCGGAGGCGAGAAGCUGCACCAAGGGCCUUCGUUACUGCGGUUACAACCUCCUGAACAUCGGCGACUAUCGCGAGGAUAUUGCCCGUGUUCUCAGGAAGAGCAAGCACUGGUCCGGGUCCUCUGGGAAGCAGAAGAUUCUGAUCGACAACUCAAGGUUCAUUUGCGGUGACAACGGAGCCAUCAACUACAUUGACUUCUGUGUUGGCGGCUGCGUCGAUGGAGGUUCGGGCAAGAACGAUUUCUGCUAA